AUGGAAGAUGGAGAUGAUGUGCGUACUCACAUCAACAAGAUGAAGACUUUGGCGGAGCAGCUAGAUGCGGUGGGCGCUCCGGUUACUUAUGAUGAUCUGGUGAUUACGCUUCUCGCAAGUUUGAGCGAGAGGUACACGUCCCUAAUCACUGCUUUAGAGCCAAGAUCGGAAUCGCUGACGUGGGAAAUCGUAACGUCUCGGCUACUACACGAAGAUAUGAAGCGGAAGAAACUAGAGUCAGAUAUUGACGGUGCUAGAAAUGGCCAAGAGCAAGCGUUUGCAACGAUAGAUAACGGACGCCGCAAAGGACGUAUUGCGUCAGCAAAGAUUACAAGCGCGUGUUACUACUGUCGUAAAAUUGAUCACUAG